AAAGAUUUCUCUUGUUAUCAAGCAUAGCAUUAUUAUGAGCUUUUGGUGUUGGAUUGUCACAGUUUAUUCUUGAGGUCCAUUCUUGAUUUCUUGCUACAAAAAUACAAUAUAAGAAUUGACUUCUUUCAGAAGGAAGUGAUUGGAGGCUUUAUGUUAAUGUGCUGAAAAACUGUAAACCACUAAACCUCCUAUCCCAGACAAAAAUGUCAGCCGGACAGGAUGGAUUUCUAGGCCGAUCGAAGGCAGAAUGGACGCCGACUCGCGACGCAUACUUGGUCGAACUCCUCAUAGAGCAGCACAAGAAUGGAAGAACAGCUUACAAUGAAUUUAAGAAUGAAGUGAUUAAGGCUGUCACAUGGGAUUUCAACAAGAAGUUUUGCUUGAACUUGGAAGAGAAUCAAAUCAAGAAUCGAUACAAUGUUAUGAAGAAAGAUUAUGGUGUUGUCAAAACACUACUUAGUCACAAGGAAUUUGCCUGGGAUGAAACUAGGCACAUGGUUGUGGCUGAUGAUAAAGUUUGGGACAGUUAUAUUAUGGUAAGAUGUGAAGCUAGACCUUUUCGGCGCAAGAGCUUCCCUCUGUAUAAACAGAUGGCAAUCAUAUUUGAAGGGGAAAGAGGCACUCCAAAAGCUCAUUUUCCAAGUGGAGCAAUAGCUACAGCAGAAGAAGGAAAUAGCUACACAGAAACGGUCCGGUCUUCAGAACCAUGUAAUCUUCCAACACAAGUAAUUGAUUGCACGCUUGAUUCUGAUUCGAUAAUCCGGAUCAACGACCUGCGAAUCAAGAAGAACAAAUUUGUUAGUCCAAGCGAAUCAUUUCGCAAGAAAAGAGCACACUGCAAAUUUGGCGAAACUAUAGAGAACGUGUUGUAUGAGGUUUUUACAGCAGCUAACUGCAAAGCCAAGCAGAGAAAUGAAGCCAAUGCAGCAAUGUAUAAGAACUGCUUGGUGGAAUUGCAGAAAUUGGAGGAGUUGGAUGAGUUUGAGUUUGCAAAGGCUGUUAAUGCUCUUAAAGAUGACAAGAACGCCGUUGCUUUCAUGACUAUAAAAGGGCCUAGACGUUUAACUUGGUUAAGAUCUUUAUGGCACUCAGAGCAGUAACAUUGAUAGUCAAUUUGGCAGAAUUAGACAAUCAUGUUUCAACAAAAAUUCUAUUCUUCUGAGAUUAAUA